AUGUUAAAAGCAAUUUUGAUUUUUUCAAUCUACAACUUUUUGGUUUAUAGCAUACCUUGGUCUAAAAGUGCUGAUUCAGGAGUUAUAAAUGAUGUUGUAUUUUAUAAGUUAGGAACAUAUAGAGGGUUCACUGACGAAGGGUCCGAAUAUCAAAAGUCAUAUUUUUUCACUAGAUAUUCUCUUGGAACUUGGUCUGAUGCGAGAUCAUUUUGUAGUUCAUAUGAUUUAGAAUUCAUAACAUUAGAAACUUUAGAUGAAGCAAGAGCUUUUCUUACAAUGGCUGAUAAUAAUAGUUUCUUAAGAUCACGUUCAACUUAUUGGAUUUACAUCGAUGCCGUCACCCAUACAAUAAAAUCUCGAACAGACUGGUAUUGGACAAAUUCAGGGAAGAAAAUUUCAUAUGCAAUGCCUUGGCGUCCUGCAGCGCCUAAUAAUGACUACAAUGAUGAAUGCUGUUUAUCAUUUGGCAAAGGAAGUUUAAAUGAAAAUUUUGGAUUUGACGACGUAAUGUGUAAUUCUGGUACACCUUUCGCAUGCCAAAGGAUUGAGCUUUUAAUACCUUAA